GUAGUGAAUCAGGAAGAAUCAGAAGCAAGCAUUGAGCCAGUCUUGGAGUUGAUCAGUAAAGAUUUGAUAAAAUGAUAGCUUUAUCUCAGAUGUGCCACGAAAUACGCUUGUGAUAACAGCACUGACACCAGUGGAACGGGUGCUGAAAAAUAUUUGGAGAGAUAUUGAGGGUGUUCUUUUUGGGCUAUUGUUAUUGUAUUUCUGGUUUUAAUGUUUGUAGCGAGUUAUCCAUAUGCUUGAGUAUAUCUAUCGUAUAUAUUUCAUAACAGUGGUUAAAAUUGCAAGUUCUUGUAUAUCCGAUGAUUCUUUGAAGCAUGUCUCUUGGGCAAAAUUAUAAUGACAAAAAUGAGUUUUCCGAUAACGAUUAUGGCAUUUUGAGUGAUGAUGAAAAGGAUUUUGUUAAUCCAGAGGAGCGAGAACGAUUAUUGAAAAUGAAAGAAGAAGCAAUGCGAUUAUUAAAUUAUGCAAAUGAAAGACUACAGUCUCCUCUGAAAACUAAAAAGAGAAAUUUUAAUAAUUCAAUUGGGGAAACUAAGCAAGCAAAUAAAUUUUGUACCGAUGAAAAGACCAAUAAUAACAAUAAUAAUAACGGUAACGAUAAGAAUACCAAAGCUAUCAACGAUAAGUACAGAUUGAAAAGAAAAGCGCAUAAGAUUGAAAAAUCUCAAAUUGCAGUAAAAUUACAACAAAGUGGGAUAUUGGAAAAGGAAGAAAAAAAGAACAAAGCAGAAUUUUUAAAACAGAGAGUGUUUACCUUUAUCGAUCAACAAACAGAUAUAUGUGUCCAAACAAACUCUGUGGUUAAUGAAAAAGACAAGUAUUCGGGGUCAUAUUUGUCUUUAAGAUACUUGGGAUCUGAUGCAAUUGACAAAAUGUUGGGAAACAAAGCAAUAUUAAGAAUUGAUAAACUAUUUGGAAAAGUGCAUUAUCCGGAUUUUAAAGAGCCCAAUUAUCCAAACUGGGUUGUUGUUGGUAUAAUUUCGAAUAAAGCCGAAUUGAAAAUUGCUAGUAAUAAUAAAAAGUAUUUAAAAAUCAGUUUGACUGAUUUCAAUUUGGUUUUGAAUUUAAUGUUAUUUGAUGACGCAUGCCAAAAAUACUGGAAAUUAAAAGUUGGGGAUAUUAUUGGAGUGUUAAAUCCCAAAAUUUCUCCGUGGGUUGAUAAUAGCAAGAAAGUUAAAACAUUUAAUUUAGUUUUAAAUUCGAAAUAUGACUCAAUAUUAGAGAUUGGGAAAUCAAGAGAUUUUGGAAUUUGUAUUUUUUCCAAUAAUAAAACAGGAAUCAAAUGCAAUGCUCCAGUAAACAAAUCAAGAACCCAGUAUUGUUAUUUUCAUCAAGACUAUAAAAUGCAAAAAUCCUCUUCAAAGAGACUAGAAUUGAGUGGUGCUAUGGGGACAGGUGCGCCAAUUGCAAGCAGAAACAAUGACGGAAAACAAAUUUUAAUGAAUAGGAACUACCAUACUAAUAAUGAAAAAAGUUAUGGGUUGAAAUUAGUCGAUGACCCAUUUGCUAAAGAGAAGGUAAUGAAUGGAGACGAGGGAAACAAUAGGUUGUAUUUCAGCAAUUCUCACGCAAAAAAGGCAUUUUUUGACGAUGAAUAUUCUAACCCAGAGGUUUUGAAAAAACUAGCUGCCAAAAAACAAAUCCAAAAGAAUAAAAACAAAGAAUUGGAAUUGAGAAACAAGUUGGUUCAAAUCAAAGGAGGCGAAAGUUUGAGAAAUUUGUAUGAAACAGAAAAUGAGAAAUUGGAGAAAAAAAAAGUAAUGAAUGUUGCAUUUUCGCCGAGGACAUUGUCGCGAUUGGGAUUUGAUCCAACAAAAAACGCCUAUGACUCGUCAAUUGGCUCCAGCGACGCUAUUACGUUGAAUGCCAAAGAAAGCUUUGAAUUGCUCGAGAGCGUCAGAAAAAAGCGAAGAAAAAUAUACUUGUCGCCCUCAAAGAAAGCUGUCAUCGAACGCAAAAACCAACAAGAAGUGAUCUACCAAAAAAGCCAGGCGUACAUCAAGGGAACCAUUAAAAGCAAAGAAUCCAAUCCCCAGAGAAGCACAGGGUCUCAAGACUCCAGAGGAACGAGCAGGCUACUCUUGCGAUUCCAAAAUGCUGCCCCCAGCUCAGACUCUUCGUCAGACAGUGAGCUCGAUAUCGACUUUGGAGAAAAGACUCAGAAAUCUCCCCACAGCUACUUGGGGAAGCCGGCCCGGUGAAACGGCGUCGCGUGUCAGCUGACCUCCUUUCCAGCAAAAACAAAGCUGGAGAAGCUUCUUCAGAAGCUGUUUUGGAAGCAGAAGACGACAAUCUCCAACUGACUGAACAUGGCUAAAUCCAAAUCCAAAACAACCAUUAUCAAGUUGAUUUCUGCAGCCGGUACUGGCUUUACAAGAUACGUUGUUAGACCCAGAGGUUCUCCAGUCUUUCACCAAAUAAGAUACGAUCCUUUUGUUAGAAGA